AUGAUUCCAGACAAUCAACACUACAUGAUUCAAGAUCAGAUGACUCCACACAAUCAACAAUACAUGAUUCAAGGUCAGAUGACUCCAGACAAUCACCAUGAUGUGAAUUAAAUUAUUCAAGAUUAGAUUUAACAACAUAUGAUUCAAGGUUAGAUAACCUUAUGGAAAUAUAAAUAUUAAAAUACUAUUGUAAAGUACUCACAGAGGAAAUGGAAAAUAAGAAAACCCUAAAACAUUCAGCAAAGAGUACAAAAUAUUUGCUACAAUACUUGCCAAUCGUCUGCAGAUGUACUUGGAAUCCUUGGAAUCCUGGAAUCAAAGGACCAAGAAACCCCUGAGUCUGCAUCGCACUGUUACUUUGGUCAUUAAUGGAAUCAAUUGGAAGUUCUUAAGCAUUGCAAUUAAAUCAAUGAAGGCAAUUCCACAACAAGAAAAUCCUAAAGAGGACAACAUUUUGAAGAAGGUGCUUUCUCAGGAUUUGCAGAAGUUGCUUCUAACGGUUGACCAUUCGUGUGUAGAUACGAAACGUCUACGUCAUGACUGUCCCCUCACCCCAGCCCUAUUCAGCCUUUGUCUGAAAUACAUGGAGGACGACAUUUCCAGAGUCAUCCCAAAUGUCACCACUAGAAUCAGCUACUAA